GUUGUUUGAGCAGUUCAGCCUUUUUCUGAACUUGAUCUACCUGAUUCUGGCCCUUAGCCAGUUCAUUCCGGAUCUCCGUGUCGGUGCCUUGUAUACUUACUGGGGUCCUCUGGGAUUUGUUCUAUGCGUUACCCUUAUUCGUGAGGCGAUCGAUGAUGUGCGAAGAUGGAUGCGAGACCGUGAAGUGAAUCAGACCACGUACAUCAAAUAUGUACGGCGUGGUGAGGUCCGUGUGGCCAGCGAAGAUAUCAAGUGGAAAACACCGCCGCGAGAAGGCAGUGAUUUGCGUUUCUAUCUCCUCUUCCUCCAGGUGGGAGAUCUCAUUCGGUUGGACAAAGAUCAACGCGUUCCGGCUGACAUGGUCCUGGUAUGGACAUCCGAUCGGAACGGGGCGUGCUUUAUUCGCACAGACCAAUUGGAUGGUGAGACGGACUGGAAAUUGCGCCAUCCGAUACCCCCAACUCACGCGCUUGUGAACCAGGCAGGCGAGCCCAGUGCCUUGUUUGACAUGCAGGCUCAGGUAUUUGCGGAAGCUCCUCGUCGGAACAUCCAUAGUUUCGAGGGCACUUUUGCGCGUACAGAUGUCGCACCAAUUGGAGAUCAAUCGGUGGAGUCCACCGAAGUCUCACUAAAUUUGGACCAUACGGCCUGGUCCAAUACCGUGCUGGCCACUGGCAGUGCUGUUGGCCUGGUUAUAUACACCGGAGCCGAAACGCGAGCCGUGAUGAACUCGAAUCGUGUGCGCACGAAAAUGGGAAAAAUUGAUCGAGAAAUUAAUAAUAUCAUCAAAUUGUUGUUCGCACUGGUAGUUGUUCUCGCAUUCGUGAUGGUCGCUUUGAAAGGGUUUUCCGGCGCUUGGUAUAAAUACUGGUGGCGCUUUAUGGUACUGUUCUCCUACAUCAUUCCAUUGGCGUGA